CAGCGUCGCCGCAGCUCCCACGGCCUGCGUAUUACGUCACGGCAAACGUGUCAAUCGUCAUAAGAAAGCGACAAACGCUGCUGAGAGGGUGUAGCCAGCGAGGUGUUCGAGAAGCGAACGAGAUUUUUUUAAUGGCCCACAAUGACGCUUGCCACACGGCAAGAGGUUCUGUCACUGUAUAGGAGGAUACUGCGAAUUGCUCGGAGCUGGCAGACCCACUGUACGCGUCCACAUGACACGGAAAUCGAGAAAAACUACAUUGUCCAGGAGUCCAGGACACUCUUCCGGAAAAAUAAACAGCUAACUGAUGCUGAAUCCAUCAGGAAAUGCAUAGAAGAAUGUCAAGCUAGGAUUGAAAUUGGUCUUCACUACCGGAAUCCAUAUCCAAGGCCUAUCCACAUUCCACCAAUGGGACUUGCCAGUCAGAGGGGGAGGCAUCUUCGCACCCAGGAGAGGCUGAGGAAGCAGGCCAAGCCUGUUUAUUUAAAAUCACAUGAUGAAACGUGAAAUGGCGCGGGUUGGGGCAGAUCUGUUCAGAUGCUGAGUCAGAAUGUUAGCCCCGUCAGUCUCCUUCACAAUGCACUAGUACACACUAGUACAAGUGUAUGCUUACAUCCAAUUUAACUGCACAUGGAUUAAGGAACUGUAUAUUCUGUUCAUUCUCAAUUUUAAGUGUCAUAUAUUGGUAUGCUUGUUAUAAUUUGCCAUCAUUUGAUCACAUCAAUGAAAGCCAUUUACAACGGUGUACAUUUUUUAUACAAAUGAUGCCUCUGUGGUAUUCAAGAGUAAAAUUGGGACUCUUAUUCAGGAAAUAUUUAGAUAGAGGAAAAGGGAUAAAAUGCACUAUGCUAUUCAUCUCUAGGCAAGGCAGCUUGCAAUAUUAUUAGCCUGUAAAAAGAGACUCAGCCAGCCAGCCAUUUUCCAACCCGCUCGUCCUACUGGGUCAUGGGGGGUCCGGAUACUAUCCCGGAAGCAAUGGGCACGAGGCAGGGAACAACCCUGGAUGGGGGGCCAGCCCAUCGCAGGAGGAGACUCAUAUAUUCAUAUUUUAAAGAUAAAAUGAUAACCCUGUACCUUUACUCAGACAACUAAUUGUGCUUCAUUUUGAUGUUCUUUAAAACAGAAAGAUAACAAAAAUAUGUUCCACUUUA